UACUAUAAAAAUACAUGCUUGUAAACAGUACUUUGACUACGGCGUACAAGAGUACAGUAUACGAAUUUCUAGUUUAACCUUAUAGAUGUCCUUCUAUUGCAAACAAACAAUGAAUGUCCUGGGACCUUUAAAAUAUGCUUUCAGGAUUUCGGUAGUAAGACCACAGAUAUUUAGAUCAUUGAGCACAACCCUGAAAAGAAAAGAUCAGCCAACAGAUAAUUCUUUAACAAUCAAAAGUCAAGAAGGAGGCAUACGUACUAUAUGUUUAAAUGAUCCUAAAAAAAGAAAUGCAUUGUCUUUGGCUAUGCUCCAAUCUUUGUAUGAGGAUCUUAAAAAUGAUGAGGAUAACCUCAGAGUUAUUAUUAUUAAAGCCACUGGUCCUGUGUUUAGUUCUGGACAUGACUUAAAGGAACUGACUGCUGAAAAAGGAUCAGAGUUUCAUGAGAAAGUUUUCUCAACUUGUACAGAAGUUAUGAAUUUGAUUCAGGAUCUACCAGUCCCUGUGAUUGCUCAGGUCAAUGGUCUUGCCACAGCUGCUGGAUGUCAACUGGUUGCUGCAUGUGAUUUAGCUGUCGCCUCCCAGUCUUCUAAGUUUGCUACACCAGGUGUCAAUGUUGGAUUGUUUUGCACUACCCCUGGUGUAGCGUUAAGCAGAUCAGUUUGCAGUAAGGUGGCCUUAGAGAUGCUGUUAACUGGGAAUCCUAUUUCAGCUACAGAAGCUUUAUUACAUGGUCUGAUUAGCAAGGUCGUUCCUGAUGACCAAGUAGAAACAGAAACAUUGAAGCUAGCCAACAGAAUUUGUGAAACAAGUAAAGAAGUUGUGGCCUUAGGGAAAAAAGCUUUCUAUACACAGAUAUUAAAAGAUACAAAAAAUGCAUACAGAUAUGCUGAGAGCGUCAUGGUCAGUAAUUUAACACUUAAAGAUGGAAAUGAGGGAAUCAAAGCUUUUAUUGAAAAACGGAAACCUUCCUGGAAGAAUUAGCAGACUUGCAUGAGUUUGACAUCAAAACCUAUACAGUUUACAUCAUUCAAGAAUUUUUAAAAAGACAAAAUUGAAAAACGAAAUCUGAAUUUUCAGCCUCAAAUCAGUAUUUUUAUGUAUAAAAUCCAUAUAAAUGUGUAACAUUUUGACAAUGUGAGUUAUUGUUAUUGCUAAAGAAGAGUGAGUUAUGUAUAUAUUCUGGUGUUUGUCUGAUCAAUGAUCAUAAUUGUUGAUUCGUUAGAAGAUUUGAGGCAGAUAUUAUUUUUGAUCCUUUUGAUUGGCUACUUGCUGAUUGUUUUCUCUCUCUUUGUCUGUUUGCUAUAACAAUUUUUUUCUUGGUAAGUGCCAAAAACCUUGUGUUCUUUUAAAUCUCUUAAAUCAGUUUCUAAAGUAGAUCUACAGUGUGUCAGGGUACAUAGCUAGUAGGAAUAGAAAAUAAUUUUAAUUUUAUUAUGUUAUGAUCUUGAUCUCAUUUGUCCUUUGACUUUUGUCAUAGGGGUGAUGUGAUAGUUUGCAUAACCAAAUCCUUUCACUUUUCCCGGUCAGCAGCUGUUCUUAGCAGGAUAUCAAGAGAGAGACUGCUCCUAUCUUUUACAUUAUCAAGACAGUUUUUCUUUGGAUGACCCUUUCUUCAUGCUCCCUCCACUGUACUGUAUAGCUCAGCUUUCGUGUCUUCAAAGUAUUGCAGAGUUACUCCUUCUUUAUCAGCCAGAGUGUUGACGUGUUAAAGUACAAACUCAUUUGUCUUCUUUUCCUGGUUUCUGAUACCCAGCAUUUUUCUGUAGGAUUUACUUUCAAAGGCUUGAAUUCUUUCAGCCUCAGCAUUCAGUGUCCAAGUUAAACUAAAUAGGAGUGUAUAAUCUUGAACCAAAAAAAAGAAGUGGUUACGUUUAGAUAAGAAUAGACAAUGAUUUAGGUUAAAUUAGAUGAAUUAGUUACACCAAACACUGGAUGGUAAAUGGAAAACAAUAUUUUUUCUCAUUUGAGAAAAGAAACAAUGUUCAAGAAGGUUAUUGGUCAUCCAGUAGCUGUUUGAGCUCCUAGCAGUGAAACUUCUUGGAUUGAAUCACAACAGCUACAAGAUGUCUGGUCUUGAGACUAGCUGAAAAAAUACUUAUACAUCUUUUAUGUUGUGAUUCAUUAAAACUUAAACAUGUAUUGAGAGUGUAUUUAGUGUUUUUUUUCCUCACUCCUUAUUUUAGCACCUAGAUUACUGUUUCUAAAUUAAAACAUUUUUGGGGGGAUAACUAGACAUUAUAAAUAUAGUUCUUAUAGAUAGUUUUAUAAUAUGUUGUGGUAUUAUACAACAAAUAUCAAAAUGUGCAGUUUGUUCAAGAUUUACCUCCAGUCACUCCAUCAUUAGUAUGCUCCCUUGCAUUUUAACUUGGUAUAUUUCAAUUUCCUUCUCUUAUUCAGUGUAAUUGUUAUUGUCUCUUAGUUCAAAGAAUUUAACAUUUCUAUUUAGUGUCACAUUGACUUUAAUUGUUAAGUAUGGAUUCUUUUAGUGUCACAUUCAAUUAUUUGUUCACUUUUUUAGAAAUCCAUAAGAUUUGUGUUAUGCUGCUUAUAGGUAAACAUCUAAGCUUUUCAAGCCAGGUGUUUGCAGUUUGCUUUAUUCUUUGUUUGUGAACAAGAAAUAUUUGUUAUGUUCCUUAUUUCAUCUUAAAGUUUUACCAUUCCUCUCACACAAUUGUGCUUCUGUUUUUAAUUCUGCACCAAAUGUUGUUUUGAUAGGCACCGGUAUUAUUAACAAAUAGUAUACAAAUGUUUGGUUACAUGAAUUUUAUUUUGUUGAAUUGAGUUUUUAAGAUUCUUCAAAGUGCUUUCCAAAAAUGUGCUUUCAAUUGGACACUUUUAAGCUUAUAGUGUUAGUACUGAAAACAACACUGUCUUUAAAAUAACUGUGACCGGGUCAGUAUAUUUUUGAUACAAAAUCUACACAGCCUGAUUUUCUUUAAAGUCUAAGGUUUUGAGGUCCCAUAGAAUUACAUCCUUAUAUCAGAGGUGGGACCAAUCAGUUUUCCUUACAUCUUUCAACGAUUGACUGAAAAGUAUAUCCGGCUACUUUUCUCUGAAAAGUAUAUCUGGCUAGUUUAAGAGUUUUGUGAUGGAGGUGUCAUGCAUAAUAAAAGACGGGGAGCUAUUACUGUUCACAGUUACUGAAUCCAUUAACAAAGAUGAUUUUUAUGUAAAUUACUUUUCUGUUAUUUAUCCUACAGAUGGUUGUUUCAUAUUUGUGAUAGUUUUAUUGUAAUAAUUAAAGAUAAAAACUCUUGUGACAUUUGAUGUUUCUAACAUUUCUGGAAAAUGUUGAAAGAGAAAUUUGUCAUCAUGUUUUGUGCCUUAGCUAUUAAGCCACUGUUUCAGCACAUAUCUUUAUAGACAUUAAUGUGGUGGACAUGGUGAAUGUUAUAAAAUGUUCAUGAGAUAUUCAUGUUAUAAUUGAAUAAAAAAGAUUAGAUUAUAAUUUUUAAUGUUGCCUAAAAUUGAAUUUCUAAGUACCUUCAAAAAGGUUUUUAAACACACAUAUGUUUAAACAUAAGCAGGUUUUUCUCUGUCUGUUACACUUGAUCUUAUCUAGUUGUGCUAAUGAUGCAUUUUAUUAAAUUUUGCACAUUUCAAAAAAGGGAGAUAAAAAAUACCAACUCACUAAAGUUAAAUUGAGUUUUCAUUCAAACACAGACGCCCUGAACUAAAAUAUUAACAUGAUUGUUACACAUUUGUACAAAGAAAUGCACCUAAAUAAAUUUGAUUUUUGUUUGUUUCAGAUUUAAACAGUUCUAUUCAUACUUGUUACAUUACAAUUUCAUUCUCUCUUGAAAGAGAUAGGCAAAAUAAAGUGCUGCUUUGAGACCUUGCGAUCUAUGGCCAGAUAAUGUAAAGCUCAUCAUUCCUAUGGCCAACAGUCAGCACAACCAUGAACUUCCUUUACUUUUCCCAACGUUUGUCAGGUUCUCUUCAGAGUUGGGUGGACUCAGGGGUGUCUAAAAAUCCUAAACUUUAAAAUCCAAAUCUUCAACGAGAUUUGAACCCAAUACCCCUAAGUUUGGAAGCCAAGCACUUUACCACUCAGCCAAUACAUCCAUCAUCUUGAAAGAGAUACCUGAAAAUAUUUUCAUUAUUUAAUUUUUAAUGUGUAAUUUAUGUGUUUUAUUGAUAAAAAUAAUAAAGAAAAAGCAAAUUA